GUGAACAACAAGAACAACCGAUUGAUCAGCUUUUCAGUCUAAUUCGACGCGUUCGAUCGCGAGCGCGUCGUUCCAACCGAUCCAAGUGAGCUUCGCGCAGAGCUCAUCUGCCGCAAACAACUCGGCAAUGUCGGAACCUACGGCUGCCGGCGCGCCGGCGCUGUCGACCAACAUCGAGAGCGGGAAGUUCGACGAGAAGGAAACCCAGGACGUCCCUGCUAAGCACCCUAUCGAGGAAGAGGAGGAAGAUGAGGACAUCGACGCUCUGAUCGACGAUCUCGAGAGCAACGAUGGCCACGGUGCAUUCGAGGAGGAAGAGGAGGUCCAGCCUGGCGGUGGCCGCGUUGUCCCCGAGGACAUGCUCCAAACCGACACCCGUGUUGGUCUCACGAACGAAGAGGUCCUCCAGCGUCGCAAGAAAUACGGCCUCAACCAGAUGAAGGAGGAGAAGGAGAACCUCGUUCUCAAGUUCCUCGGUUUCUUCGUCGGCCCUAUUCAGUUCGUCAUGGAGGCUGCCGCUGUCUUGGCUGCUGGUCUCGAGGACUGGGUCGAUUUCGGUGUCAUCUGCGGUCUCCUUCUGCUCAACGCCGUUGUCGGUUUCGUUCAAGAAUACCAGGCCGGCUCCAUCGUCGACGAACUGAAGAAGACUCUUGCACUGAAGGCUGUCGUUCUCCGUGACGGUACCCUGAGGGAAGUCGAGGCCCCCGAGGUCGUUCCCGGCGAUAUCCUGCAGGUCGAGGAGGGCACCAUCAUUCCUGCCGACGGUCGCAUCGUCACCGACGAUGCCUUCCUCCAGGUUGACCAGUCCGCCAUCACCGGUGAAUCGCUCGCUGUCGACAAGCACAAGGGCGACCAGUGCUAUGCUUCCUCGGCUGUCAAGCGUGGUGAGGCCUUCUUGGUCAUCACCGCCACUGGCGACAACACCUUCGUCGGUCGUGCGGCUGCGCUCGUCAACGCGGCCAGCGCCGGCACCGGUCACUUCACCGAGGUUCUCAACAACAUCGGCACCAUCCUCCUGGUCCUCGUCAUCUUCACCAACCUCGUCGUCUGGGUGUCCAGCUUCUACCGGUCCAACCCGAUCGUCACCAUCCUCGAGUUCACCCUCGCCAUCACCAUCGUCGGCGUGCCCGUCGGUCUUCCCGCUGUCGUCACCACCACCAUGGCUGUCGGCGCCGCUUACCUCGCCAAAAAGAAGGCCAUCGUCCAGAAGCUGUCGGCCAUCGAGUCCCUGGCUGGUGUCGAGAUUCUCUGCUCCGACAAGACCGGUACCCUGACCAAGAACAAGCUCUCCCUGUCGGAGCCCUUCACCGUCGCCGGCGUCGACCCCGAGGACCUGAUGCUCACUGCCUGCCUUGCUGCCUCGCGCAAGAAGAAGGGCAUGGAUGCCAUCGACAAGGCUUUCCUCAAGAGCUUGAAGUACUACCCGCGCGCCAAGGGUGUCCUCAGCAAGUACAAGGUUCUCGAGUUCCACCCCUUCGACCCCGUCUCCAAGAAGGUCACCGCCGUCGUCGAGUCUCCCCAGGGCGAGCGCAUCACCUGCGUCAAGGGCGCCCCCCUGUUCGUGCUCAAGACCGUCGAGGAGGACCACCCGAUUCCCGAGGAGGUUGACCAGGCCUACAAGAACAAGGUCGCCGAGUUCGCCACCCGUGGUUUCCGCUCGCUCGGUGUCGCCCGCAAGCGUGGUCAGGGCUCCUGGGAGAUUCUCGGCAUCAUGCCCUGCAGCGACCCGCCGCGCCACGACACUGCCCGCACCAUCAACGAAGCCAAGUCUCUCGGUCUCUCCAUCAAGAUGCUUACCGGUGAUGCCGUCGGCAUCGCUCGUGAGACUUCUCGCCAGCUCGGUCUCGGCACCAACGUCUACAACGCCGAGCGCCUCGGCCUCGGUGGCGGCGGCGACAUGCCCGGCUCUGAGGUGUACGACUUCGUCGAGGCUGCCGAUGGGUUCGCCGAGGUGUUCCCCCAGCACAAGUACAACGUCGUCGAGAUUCUGCAGCAGCGUGGCUACCUCGUCGCCAUGACUGGUGAUGGUGUCAACGACGCGCCGUCUCUCAAGAAGGCCGAUACCGGUAUCGCCGUCGAGGGUGCUUCCGACGCCGCCCGCUCCGCCGCCGACAUCGUCUUCCUCGCCCCCGGUCUCGGCGCCAUCAUCGACGCGCUCAAGACGUCCCGCCAGAUCUUCCACCGCAUGUACGCCUACGUCGUCUACCGUAUCGCCCUGUCCAUCCACCUGGAGAUCUACCUCGGCCUCUGGAUCGCGAUCCUCAACCGCAGCCUGAACAUCGAGCUCGUCGUCUUCAUCGCCAUCUUCGCCGACGUCGCCACCCUCGCCAUCGCCUACGACAACGCGCCGUACAGCAAGACGCCUGUCAAGUGGAACCUGCCCAAGCUCUGGGGCAUGUCGGUCCUGCUCGGCAUCGUCCUCGCGAUCGGCACCUGGAUCACGGUCACGACCAUGUACGCCAACGGCCCCAACGGCGGUAUCGUCCAGAACUUCGGCAACAUGGAUGAGGUCGUGUUCCUCCAGAUCUCGCUCACGGAGAACUGGCUCAUCUUCAUCACUCGCGCCAACGGUCCCUUCUGGUCCUCGAUCCCCUCUUGGCAGCUCGCGGGUGCGGUCUUGGCCGUCGACAUCAUCGCCACGCUGUUCUGCAUCUUCGGUUGGUUCCUCGGUAACGACCAGACCUCGAUUGUCGCCGUCGUCCGUAUCUGGGUCUUCUCGUUCGGCGUCUUCUGCAUCAUGGGCGGUCUCUACUACAUCCUGCAGGACAGCGUCGGCUUCGACAACCUCAUGCACGGCAAGUCGCCCCGGGGCAGCCAGAAGCAGCGUUCUCUGGAGGACUUCGUUGUGUCGCUCCAGCGCGUCUCGACCCAGCACGAGAAGUCGCAGUAAGCGCCUCGUUGAAGUGGGCGGGCCCCCAGCACACACCAUGCAACAUCACAUACCACCACCUGCUGCGCUCUGUGCCAGUUGCGGAGGAAAUCUCGGCUGUAGGGAGGGUCGGUUUUAGAUAGACAUGGAACGGCCGGGAUAUCUCUUUCAUUUUUCUGACAAGUCUUGUAUGGACUUUGGUACACCGAGGCUAGACUCGCCUCGAUUUCCUUAGACAAUCUAAUA